AUGACGUCACGUUACGGGCGUCCGUUCGAAAAUGGCGUCACACAGCGUCAACGAACAGCGCAUCGUUAUAAAUUUUUACACAAAACUCGGAAAGUCUUUUCCGAUUUUCGUGAAGAUUUGCAAAACUUUUACAGAGAGGCUGCUCUGUCAAAAGGUGUCAUUUCAAAGUGGAUGAAGCGGUUUAAAGACUGUAGAGAGGCAACUGAAGACGACAGUCGUGCAGGUAGACCAGUGACUCUAACAGAUGAAGAAACAGUGGCUGUCAUUCAGCAGGAGUACAUACUCCGAGAUAACCGAGUAAGUGUGGAGCACGAAGCGGAUAAGUUCGCUAUUUCAUAUGGUACAGCUCAGGGCAUUAUGACUGAUAGAUUAGGAAUGCGCCACGUUUCAGCAAGAUGGGUGACUCGUUUGUUGACGUCGGAGCAGAUGGGAUUACGUGCUGAAUAUUCAUCCGUGAUGACGACUGGUCCGAAAAGUGUAAAUUUGGUCAAAAUAUUUUUUUUUAAGGCUACAAAGAAUUUACUUGUUGGAGCAAUAGACUUCGGGACAACUAAUUCGGGAUGGGCUUGUUCUUUUCUUUACGAGUUCGAAUCUGACCCUACAAAAGCUUCUGUGAAGCAAUGGUAUUCUGGUUCAGGAACUUUGACAACAGAAAAAACACCAACUUGUGUUCUUGUCAAACCAGAUGGAAAAACACUCGAGGCGUUUGGAUAUGAGGCAGAAAAUAAAUAUAAAGAAUUAGUUGAUAAUGAGGAGCACGAGGACUAUUUCUACUUCAAAAAGUUCAAGAUGAUGUUAAACAAGAAACUCGGAGAGAAACUUGACAGGAAAAUCACGCUUGAAGACGAAAUGGGAAGAUCCCUUCUUGCACUUGAUGUGUUUGCAAUGGCAAUUCAGUAUCUAAAGAGCGAUAUGGUAAAUGAAGUGAAGAACAGACAGACAGGUGUUUUGAAAGAUGAAGACGUUCACUGGGUAUUAACAGUACCUGCAAUAUGGACUGAUGGAGCUAAACAGUUUAUGCGGGAAGCUGCACGCCAGGCGGGAAUCAGCAGUAAGGAUUUAACUAUUGCUCUAGAACCCGAGGCAGCAUCUGUGUACUGUCGCAAUCUUUCUGUUGAAACAGCAGUUGAUAAAAGUGAUGUUACUGUCGCCAAAUUCAAAGCUGGGACACGGUACAUGAUUUUGGAUGCUGGAGGGGGCACUAUAGACAUAACAGUACAUGAAGUCGAGAAGACAGGGGGUGUGAAGGAAGUAAAUGCCGCAUGUGGAGGUGGAUGGGGUGGUACCAUUGUCGACAAAGCAUUCGAGAACAUGCUAUGUGAUAUUUUCACUAAGAAGAUAUAUGAGAAAUUCAAGAUAGAGGAGACUGAGGAUUGGCUGGACCUAUGGCGAGAUUUUGAGGUAAAGAAACGAGCGGUUAGCCCGGAAAAGUCCUCCCGCAUCAACAUGAAGUUUCCUAUAUCUUUAAUUAAUAUGUACGAGAAAGUCACCAAACAAAGUUUGUCAGAGGCUUUAAGUAGAUCAAAGUUUGCCGAUGAUAUUUCACAUACAGGAGAUAAGUUGAAAUUUUCAGCAGAAGUCUUCAAAUCGUUGUUUGAUACCUCGAUAGAGAAGACGAUUGGAUAUGUUAAAGGGGUGAUCAGAAACACGGGUGUCAAGUCGAUAUUAAUGGUUGGUGGGUUUUCAGAGUCUCCAUUGCUGCAGCAAGCUGUCAAAUCGAGCUUUCCUGGUGUGUGUGUCAUCAUCCCAAAAGAUGCAUCUUCUGCCAUACUGAGAGGGGCUCUUAUUUUUGGACACAGUCCAAAAGUUAUUACUGAAAGAGUGCUCAAAAAUACUUACGGAAUAGAAGCGGCAUGUCCUUUUGAAAAAGGAAUACAUCCUGAAAGUAAGUUGUUGAAGACUGAUGUUGGAGACAAGUGUGAUAAAGUAUUUCACAAACAUGUCGAAAAAAACCAGCUGGUCAAAGUAGGAGAGGCACAAGUUCAACGAACAUACUAUCCCGUUUAUAAAUCCCAAACAGCAAUGGACUUUCCGAUAUAUGCAUCCGAUCUUAUGAAUCCCAAGUACACAGACCAAGGCUGUACAUAUGUUGGUGAAAUGUCCGUAGAUCUUCAGAACCAUGACGGAGACUUGUCUAGAGCAGUUUUGGUAUCAUUAACAUUCAGUGGUACAGAAAUCGUCGUAAAUGCCUACGAUAAGAAAACCGGCAAUGAAACCAAUGCAUCUAUUGACUUCCUGGGAUGAAUAAGAAGAAGCAAAAGCAUAAUAAGAAGGAAAAAAACAUAACAUUUGAAUACUGUGUUAGAAAUUAUAUCACAAAAGAUAACACUUCAGUACAUCUUAUUUCACCUGAUAUAUUGAAAUACUAUUAUUCGAGGAAUAUUUACUUAUACCAUCUACAAUACACGUGUGCUUACUGAGCGCUUGCGAUUGUGAUCAAAUGCUCAUCGUGUGUUAAAAAUGAUGGAUAUUCAUUUGGAUCUUCGGCUCAAACCAGAUAUGUUAUUAAUCUUCUAAUACAACAAGGGAAGUAACAAGGUUCCUUGUGUUGAAAGAUGUUAUAUUAAUAGUCUCCCUUCUUUUGACAUUAAAAACAUUUACAUAAACAAAACUAUGUCUAAAUAGAGUUCUUUCUGCAUUCAUUGUGUUCGAAAAUAUUUUUAAGAAAGAACUUAUCAGCAUUUUAAUGGUUUUGGACUCAUGUAGUUUUGUGAAGUUUGAUGUGUCAAACGUAUUUUUAAUAAUGAUUGGCUUUCGUUUUAUUUGUAUUAUAAUAAUUUAUUCAUUUAAUUCAUUUAUUUUUUACCUUUGUCUUGUUACACUCGACUGCUCAUAUUGCGGUAAAAUAACAUUAAGAUAUGUGGUAUCGGUAAUUACUACUAUUUCAAAGUAAAUUUUGAAAUACAUGUACAUAAUUUAAUUGAUUGUUUAAAGAUUAUCUAGUGCAAUUAAAAGUAAGG